CCCGCAAGGCAGGAACUUUCAGAGCGACAGAGGAGAGCGAAAGAGAGAGAAGACAGAGAUGACCGGAGGCCAAGCGCUGAAGCGGAUCCCCAGGAUCAAGUUCCCGCAGCGGCGCCCGAACCCCUCCGGUACUGUAUCCGAGCCUAAAUCUGCAUCUGCUGCUCCCUCUGUUCAAACAUUCUUUGCAAAUUCAAAGGUUUCAACAUCUACCGGAGGAAAGGCCUCACUUCAGCCGAAACGAACAGCUGUGUCCCAGGAGGAGAUCGAGGCUAUUUUGUUGGGUGGCUCCUUCUGAUCGCAAAAUGGAGCUGGCAGAGAGCUGCUGAUGUUGCUGGAAUUUAAUUCUUGAUGAUUAAUGUGUCAUCCUGUACUCUCCAUUGGUUGGUACUUGCAUCUUCUGUUGUUUGUAAUAUCUAGAACACCCAGUGGCAAUUUCGGAUGUGGACGCAACAUAGAUGACUUGAUAAAUUCAUCUCAUUAGCAUCAAAAUUUGGAUACGCCCAUCAUGCAUGAUGUUCAUUCUGGUUCCUACAAUAGGGUUCCUCAAUGAUCCAGCGAUGUGCUCAUCAGCUGAACGAUUGAAUAAUCAUCAUUCAUAAA